CGUCUCCAGCACUGUACUACAGAAAGCCAGCUUGCACCACACUGCUUCCCCGAUGAGAAUGCAGCGGGGCAAAGGGACAGCAGCUUGCUCACACUUGCCCUCCUCUGAUUAUGAAUUGUCUCUGGAUCUGAAAAAUAAGCAGAUUGAAAUGUUGGAACAUAAGUAUGGUGGCCAUUUGGUAUCUCGCCGGGCUGCCUGCACCAUCCAGACAGCUUUCCGUCAGUACCAACUCAGCAAGAACUUUGAAAAGAUUCGGAAUUCCUUGCUGGAAAGCCGCAUGCCCAGGCGUAUUUCACUGCGGAAGGUCAGGUUGCAGAAUGCCGACAGCUUAAUGGAGGGGUAUAACUUUGCAGGAAUUCCCCUUGUGCGGUCGCCAUCCUUGCCUGCGAGCAUCAGCGGGGCUCUGACUGAGCUCGAGGACUCCUUCACAGAGCAGGUGAAGUCACUGGCGAAGUCGAUUGAUGAUGCUCUCAGCUCUUGGAGCUUGAAAACAAUGUGCUCGCUGCAAGACGGCAGUACUUACCAAUUCACAGAGACCUUCAGCAGUGGCUCGGUGCAGGAAGGAGCAGCAGCUGAGGUGCGGAAAACAGGACAAGAGAGCAGUGAUGACAGGCGGGACGAGGGCCUGGCGCACAGCAACAGUACUCUAAUGAUGGCUUUCAGGGAUGUCACCUUCCACAUUGAAAACAAAAACAUGUCUGUUUCCUCACUGCUGGAGUCUGCAUCGGUUGCCAUGGCGAACUGUGAGAAUGCUCAGUCAGAACCUGAGCAGAGUGCUGCAGCAAAAAAUGAGGAUGGUCCAGGGGAAGAAGAGGACAAAACAUCCCCAAGUGCUUCUUCAGAACCGGGACAGACUCUGAUUUCGAACAAUCACCCUUUCACAGAACUGAAUGUCAACAUCAACUCAAAUGGGCUUGGAGGGGGAUUGAUGGGGCAGGGUCAAAUCACAAUGCAGAAAAUUCAAAUUGAUCACAACAAUGGGAUCAUGCAGGAAAAUCCACUGGAAUCCAGUCGCUUGGACAACGCAGAACAGCUCAGUAGUGGCAGUACAACUUCCAUCUCUGCCAAGACACCAUCUGAAGUUUCCUCCAAAGAAGCCCUGCAUGCCAUGAUAUUGAGUAUGCCCAGGUACCACUGUGAAAAUCCAAGCAGCUGCAAGUCACCGACCCUCUCCACCGACAUAAUCCGCAAACGCCUCUAUCGCAUCGGCCUCAAUCUGUUCAAUGUAAAUCCUGACAAAGGAAUUCAAUUUCUGAUUGCGCGUGGAUUCAUCCCUGACACGCCAAUUGGAGUUGCCCACUUUCUGCUCCAGCGGAAAGGGCUAAGCCGCCAGAUGAUUGGAGAAUUUCUGGGCAACAGCAAGAAGCAAUUCAACAGGGAUGUAUUGGAUUGUGUUGUUGAUGAGAUGGACUUCUCAAACAUGGAACUGGAUGAAGCAUUGCGCAAGUUCCAGGCUCACAUUCGCGUGCAGGGAGAGGCCCAGAAAGUGGAACGGCUCAUUGAAGCAUUCAGCCAGCGCUAUUGCAUGUGCAACCCUGAUGUGGUUCAGCAGUUCCACAAUCCGGACACCAUCUUCAUUCUGGCUUUCGCUAUCAUUUUGCUUAACACAGACAUGUAUAGCCCCAACAUCAAACCAGAUCGGAAAAUGAUGCUGGAGGACUUCAUUCGUAACCUACGGGGUGUGGAUGAUGGAGUGGACAUUCCCCGUGAGAUGGUUGUCGGGAUUUAUGAACGAAUUCAACAGAAAGAAUUAAAAUCCAAUGAAGAUCAUGUGACAUAUGUAACCAAAGUAGAAAAAUCAAUCGUGGGAAUGAAAGCAGACCUUUCCGUUCCCCAUCGACGAUUGGUUUGUUGUAGCCGGCUGUUUGAGGUCAUGGACAUCAACAAAGCACAGAAGCAGGCAGCUCAUCAGCGAGAGGUCUUUCUUUUUAAUGACUUGGUUGUGAUACUUAAACUGUGUGCAAAAAAGAAAAGUUCUGCCACGUACAACUUCUACAAGUCUAUUGGCCUGUUGGGAAUGCAGAUUAUUCUCUUUGAGACUGAAUUUUAUCCUCACGGGAUCACCUUGGUGUCAUCGGUUUCCGGCUCAGAGAAGAAACAAGCAAUCAGUUUCUGUGCACAAAGUUCAGAGGAACUCCAGAAGUUUGUUGAGGAGCUGAAAGAAUCAAUUGCUGAAGUAACAGAAAUGGAGCAAAUUCGAAUUGACUGGGAGCUGGAAAAGCAACAGGGAUCAAAAAUCCCUCCCACGAAAAACAAUGGAGCUCAGAUUAACAUCCGAAGCAAAUCAGGAUCUCCAUCAGGCAAAAAAGAGUCUGGAGAAAACAAGACCACUAACAACGCUGUGGAGGUAUCAAUUCACAACAGGCUUCAAGCCUACCAGCACAAUUCAGUGGGGAACCAGGAAUGUGCAGUCCAGCAAAGUACCCUCCUUAACAUCAAGCAAGAAAACUCAACAGCUCCAGAAGCUGUAGAACAUCUCCCUGAAACGUUGCUCCAGUGCCAACAGAUUGUGAAUGUCAUUGUGCUCCCUGUGAAACCUGUCAAGCUGGAGAGCCCGCAGAAUGAGACGCCUACUCAUCAAAUGGGAACAGACACCAACUCCUCCUGCUCAACACCUCAGAAAUUAAUUGAAGACAGGCUACAAGGAACACCCGUGAAAGCCGGUCACCAGCCCCCUCUGCCACCUCCACCUCCACCGUACAACCACCCUCACCAGUAUUGUCCUCCCAAUCCUUUUGUACACAGACGCAGAUAUUCUAGUGGGUCACGCAGCUUAGUGUAA